GUUCUUGAAUCAAAUGAAGAAUCAGGCCAUCUCAUCCUUACCAUUGUUGUAUCUGGCCAUUUCUUUAUUUCCCAAGGGCAAGCAGUACUGGAAGGCUUUUCAUUAAUUGAUUCCCACAAGUGGCUAAAGAUAGUAAGAAAAGCAGACUGCCUGCUGCUUCGUGCACAGUCAAAGCAGAAUGAAUGCCGCAUGUUCCGUGUUCAGUUUGGUGGAGAUUCAAAAGAACAGAUGCUGGAACACUGCUGCAAUUGCGUUCAGAAACUUGCAGAGUACGUCCCGGUUCAAGUAACGGAUGAACAAAGCCAGAAGCUCUAUCACAGUCUCCAUCAGCUGGCUCAUGGUGAAAAUGAAGUGAAGGACACUGAACAAAAUGCAUCAGUGCUACACAUACCAGAUGAGCCUCUACCAGAUUCCUGCAGAAGCUUUGGAGAAAGAAGAUCUGUAACACAGCUAGCGCAGUCUGUGCUGACAAAGAAGUCUGAGCUCACCCCUGCGUAUCAGCAUUCAGUGUGGCCUGCAACAGAGCUGGGACCCUUCAUCCGCUUAUGUCUUAUGGAUCAGAAUUUCCUGGCUUUUGUGGAAGAUGUGGAGAAGGAACUGAAAAAACUCACAGAAGGUUGA